AGGUCACUUCCUGGUUUUGUGAAACCUAACCCAGAGGACAGAAAGUAUUUGCGUUGGGUUAUACAGUAAAUAAAGGACUCCUGAGGCAUCAUCCAGCAAGAAAUGUGUUGUUCUGCUUUCUCUCUCGAUGCAAACUGGUCAAGGGAAGCAGACAGAAACAAGUUGCAGUCUGCUGCAGCAGUAGCGGUGAAUCCCCUCUGUGGAAAUGAUUAAUCAUUGGAAUUCAGGGCCAGCUGAACACAAUAGAUGUGAAAGUGGAAGAGAGUCACUGAUGCUAUGUUUCGCUUGAGCAAAGAGGGGGACGGCAUAUUCUCACCAGGGUAAAGUAGAAUAGCUGCUGGAAGAUGACUCAGCAUUCAGGCAGCUUGCAGACUUGAAUGGUACAGAGAUGAAUGCUUUGUGCACAAUUCUUGCGGCACUCACCGUGAUCUCUUGUGUGUUGGGGGACAAGUCCGGACAGUACUCCUACGGCUCUGGUGUCACAGAGGCAGCCAACUUUGCCAUUGACUUCCAUAAUCGCAUGAACAAAUAUGCUUUUGCGUACAAGGUCGUCGACAUUCUAUCUGCCACACCACAGAUUUACCCUCCUGCUCGGGUGAAGCACACCAUGACUGUCAAAGUGGGAGAGACUGUGUGUAAGAACGAAGCCAAUGUAAACUUGGCUGAUUGCAGACUGCAGAACUCUCCGAAUCUCAAGACUAUGAUCUGCCAUUUUGUCGUGCUUGAUGUCCCACAUUCUGCCUUUCCGACUCCAAGCUACCUUCUGAUGGACCAGUGUAAUUGACAUGGACUUGGAAUUUAAGUUUGUCAAAGCAUUCUGGAAUGAACUAACCCUGCUGCUGCAUCACCACCAUACAUCUACAAUUCUUUAAAAGCAUCGUAUUGUCAACACAAACACAAUAUUUGAAGCUUGACAUUUAAACUUUGAUUCACAGUCUUUGAACUCCUUUAGUAUGUUUUACAUGUUAUACAUCUUCAAUAAUCCUUUGGCCACCACAGUCUAGUUCUACUGAUUUAAUUCAGAGGUUAAUAAAUGACUUUGAAAAGGGA